UUUGAACGCAAACGCGACGUGUGUGUAGCAAGUGACGGCAAGUGCCGUUGCGCCGCCGUAUAAAUGAUUAGUACGAGCAAUAUGAGGUCACAAGACGGUCAACAAUCGGCAGCCGGGCUGCCGCGACCCAAAAACAAUACGCCCAGUACAUUGCUGACCUCAGAGGAGAACGAAGCUGUCUUCAAGCUAUUGGGACGCAAAUGUCAGACCUUGAACACUGCCGUUGUGCAGAUAUACACAACGGAGGGCAGUGCUCACUCGCACUGGAAGAAGAAGCACACGGGCGUUGUCUGCUUCGUUAAGGAUAAUGCCAUACGAUCGUACUUUCUGCGAGCCUAUUGUCUCAUCAAGAAUGACCUUAUAUGGGAGCAUGAGAUAUACGAUGGAAUGCAGAUAGUCAAAUCGCGUCCCUUUCUAUUGACAUUUGAAGGCAGGGACGGUCAUGUGGGCUUGAAUUUUGUCUCCGAGGCUGAAUGUGAUACGUUCUUCUGCAUUGUCAACGACACCAUUGAGACGCGUAAUCGUCGUCGUCUGGAGAAACGCAGUCGCCAAAAAUCACAGCAGGCACCCAAUGCGCCCAAUGCAGUUGUGGCACGUGAGCCGGCACGCCCGCCGCCUAUGCAGAGCACACCCAAGAUCGGCAGCAAUGUCGUGGAUGGUGGUGUGCAGCUGCGCAACAAUAAAAUAGGCUCGGUGACUCUGACACCAGCACCAGCGCAGCAGCCGCCACCAACGAAAAAUUUCCUCUCAAGCAAUUUCGGCUUGAGUGGCUCCGGUGGCAAAGACAAGAAACGCAAAGUGACUAAAGCGGACAUAAGUCAGCCCACAAAUUUCGUGCAUAUCAGCCAUGUGGGUUGGAAUGCGGACAAGGGCUUCGAUUUGACUGGCAAUGAGAACGAUGAGAUGCUGACCAAAUUCUUUGCCAAGGCUGGCGUCUCGGAGUCACAGCUAAAUGAUCGCGACACACGCGCAUUUAUCUAUGACUUUAUACAAAGCAACAAUGUGCUCGCCUCAGUCCAACAGGAGGAGGAGACUGAAUCACCCACAGAGACAACAAGGCAUAUGCCGCCGCCAGUCCCAACACGUCAGCAUCAUAACGCGCAGGUGGACAGUCAGCGUUCAGCGCCACCGCUGCCGCCUACGCGUCAACCGCCGCCGCCUCCACCCACUGGACGUAGUCAGGCACCUCCGCCACCUAGCAGGCCACCACCCAUUAAUGUGGCACCACCGCCAACAGCAGUGAGUGCGCCCACAGCAGCGCCACCGCCGCCCCCACAACAUGCAGCGGCGCCACCACCGCCGCCUCCACCACCACCACCACCACCCAUGCCAGCAGUAAUCGAAAUGCCUGUCAUACCCACCCCACAGGCUCCUAAAAUGGCCGCGCCGCCAAGUGCGCCAGAUUCACACAAUGCGCUAAUGGAUGCCAUACGCAAGGGCAAGUCGCUCAAGCCUGUGGAUCCAGCUAGUCUUAGCACUGGCAGCGGAGAUAUUCGCAACGAUCUAAUGGAUCAGAUUCGUGGGGGUUGCACGCUAAAACCUGUGACCGAACGCAAGCUGGCGGAACACCGGAUAAGCGAUGACUCUGCUGGCGGACACACUGACGCUUUGGCUGAGGCACUGAAGAAGGCACUAGCUCAACGUGACAAAUAUAUGCAUUCAGAUGAUGAAGAGAGCAGCACGUUAUCGGAUAAUGAUUGGUCCGAUUAGAGUGUUUCCAACAACAACAACAACAAAAUUCUAUUCCAAAUAUAAGCAAUAAUUUAUGUUACUUGGGAGGAUUUAUGACACGCCCCGUGCAUAAGUCGCUGUAAAUACGAUUUAGUGAAUUUUCAUACCUCUUUUAAAUUUAAUUUUUAAAAAAUUGUAAACAACAAGAAUUAAUGUUGCAAACCAUAAAGCUGACAAAUUUUAUAAAUCAAUUGCAACCUUUUAUAUUCCAUAAAAUUCAAGUAAACAAACUUUGCUCAGCGCUUAAAAACUUAAUUAACAAGUAUCAAAAUAUAUAACUAAAGUAUAUACAAAAUAUAUAAAUAUUACAAUGCUUGACUUGUGCCAAAAACUGAGAGAGAAAUAGUUUAAACAAACAAGAGCGGAACUGAAUGCUAACAGCAACAGCAAAUUAAAGCAAAAAACAAAAACAUACAUAU